AUGUGGUCCAUGGUCCAACGUCUUCUCACGCUUGGUCUGAUAGCCACUACACUACCUGCUGCAUCCUGCUAUGUCACCAGCAGAUCAACAAAGUUACGAACUGUCGUUACAACCGACAUGGAACAAGACGACUUGGCCUCGCUAAUUCGAUUCCUGCUUUACACGAAUGACCUUGAUACACAGGGUAUCAUCUAUAGCUCUAGCGUAUGGCACUGGGCCGGCAACGGCAACGGCACAUCUUUGCGCUGGACUGGCACACGAACAAUUGAGGACAAAGUCCUCAAGGCCUAUGCAGAGGUCUAUCCGAAUCUUCGUCAACAUGACCCAUCUUACCCAACACCAAAGGAGCUGUUGUCCACAGUCAAGAUUGGCAACAUCGACUUUGAGGGUGAGAUGGAAAAGGACACCGCUGGUUCCAAUCUCAUUAAAUCGUUACUGUUAGACAAUGAUCCCAGAACGCUGUACUUGCAGGCUUGGGGUGGCACCAAUACCAUCGCCCGUGCUCUCAAGUCAAUCGAGGACCAGUAUUCCAAGUCGAGCAACUGGAUACGAACCAAGGAGAGAAUCUCCCGAAAAGCAGUCAUUAUGGCCAGUGGCUUCCAAGAUCCGACAUACGCUGAGUAUAUUGCUUUACACUGGCCCAAAGUCCGUGUUGAAGAGAUGUCGGCUGGCUACGCCACCUGGGCAUACAACUGCAAUAAAGGCCAGGGCAACGUUCGUGGGCUACCCAACGAUAACUUGUAUUUCACUGGUGAAUGGAUCAGGCCAAACAUCGAGAUGGGGCCUUACGGGAAGCUCUACCGCUCCUGGCUCGACGGCCAAUCCAUGCCGGGUGAUCCAAAUGACAUUUUCGCCAAUGCAACGGCAUCCGCUGCCAGCUGGUGUAAGCCGCUUGCUCCCUACGAUUUCCUUUCUGAGGGUGAUAAUGUGGCUUUCAACCCCUUGUUGACAACCGGCCUCCAAGACCCAACCAACCCAAAUCUUGGUGGCUGGGGAGGUCGGGCAAAGCAGAAUUCCACCUUUCCGGAUCUCUGGGUGAUGGCUGAAAAUGAGAUUGGUCAAAAUGGGACUGAAGUUGACAUGUACACCAUCGACCGUUGGUUAGCGCCAGUUCAGAAUGACUUUGCAGCUCGCAUGCAGUGGACAGUGACACCAAAGUAUAGCGACGGAAAUCAUGCACCCUCUGUUGAGAUACUAAAUGGUGGUUCAGUGAAGGGACGUCCUGGGACUACGGUGACUUUGACCGGUGCAGUUCACGAUCCAGAUAAUGACAAUAUCAGCACUUCCUGGUGGCAGUAUCUAGAGGAAGGCACCUACCCAGGAUCCGUGGUCGUAGCUGAGCAUCGAAAGAGCCGGGCCAGUGUGGAGAUUCCAGCUGACGCAAAGCGCGGCCAGACUAUUUCGAUCAUUCUGGAGGGAACCGAUGAUGGGCAGUUUCCUUUGACGCGCUAUGGCCGUGUUAUUAUUCAAGUCAUUUAA